AUGCAAGUAAAUAGUGUAGAUUAUAACAACAACAAUAAAAGUAAAUUAUUUAAAAGAUUAAUACAUUUACAAUUUGUUAGAAAUCAAAUAUUUGGUUUUGUAAAGAUCAUCAACCGACAGUGUGCAGUUACAGUUAACAAUUACUUUUCAACUAAUCGUAGAUUAUUCUGUGAUUACAAUGACCUUGGAUGUUACCCACAUCAACUUAUCAAGUAUGGUUAUCACGAGAGAUACAAACAGAUAUUCAACACUGUCAUUAGAGAUCGACGACCGGGUUUACUACAGAGAUGGAAUCACUAUUUCUCUUUGAACUAUCUGUAUUACGUUAAUAGGAGAAUAAGAAUUGAGCGAUUCCAGGACUACAAUGAAAGUGAUUUUCAUAUCGAUGGUGGAUCACUCGAGACUAGUACCUAUGUUCUAUUCAAACAACUCUAUUUACAUUCUUUGAGAGAUGCUGCUCGUAUCGGUGCAUUAGAUCUCAUUGAAUGUGUAUUCAGAGUAUUCCCAGAUGAGUUGAAUAUCAGAUUGAUUUUAGAAAUAGCUGUUCAACAUGGUCAUCUUCCGAUUGUCGAAUUCUUUCAUAACAAUGUCAAAGAUGGAAGUGUUUUUGAUAAAAAGUUGGAUGAUUUAGCUCGUAGACAACGUAGUCAACCACAUUUGGUGGAUAUCGCAGCAAAAUAUGGACAGUUGGAUAUUUUAAAGUUUUUACUUUUCAAUCGAACUGAAGGUUGUUCAACUUCUACGCUUGAUGCCGCAGCAUAUAAUGGACAUUUACCAAUCGUAGAGUUUCUUCAUCAUCAUCGAACAGAGUGUAACGCCAAUACCCACGGCAUGGAUGCAGCUGGUGAUGGACAUCUAGAUGUUGUUAUCUUUAUCCACAACAAUCGAACUCAUGAAACUAUUUCCAAAUCCUCAUAUAAAUAUGCAAUCAGAAGAAAUCAUAUUGAAGUUGUUAGAUUCCUAUUGGCCAAUAGAACAGAGAGACCUCCACUGAAAUCUCUUAUGUUGGCAGCGAGUUACGGUCAUCUUGAUAUGUUAAUGUUGCUGUUAUCAGAGCCAUACCGUCAAUUCUAUGAGAUAGACAAUACGGUGAUGGAGUAUGCUGCGGGUAACGGCCAGUUAGAAAUCAUUCGGUUCCUUCACGAGAAUACCACUGCACAGUGUGGAAGCGAUGCAAUGGAUUUCGCAGCGGAAAUGGGUGACCUGGAUGUGAUCAAAUUUCUCCAUAUCAAUCGAACGGAAGGCUGUUCUCCAGAAGCGAUGGGGUCGGCUAUAGAUAAUAAACACUUUGAAGUUGUCCGAUUCCUUGUGGAGGUCAGACAUUGGGAAAUCGAUCAAUCGAUCGUAGGUCAGUUAGCGUUUAAUACAAGUUUCGCAAUAUUCAAAUAUCUCUAUGAGAUUGCAGUGGCAUUAGAGAAUUUACAUAUCGAACCAGCCAAUUUCCAAAUAGAUAGUUAUUUUGGUAAAGAGACCGAUCCAACUGUUUUCAAUUGGUUCCAAGAACAUGGAUUUCAAAUCUCAGGCGCUGCAUAUUAUUUUGCAACCAAUAUUAAUAAUAAAGUGGCAAUCCAAUGGCUUCACGAGAACACAACACAUCCAUUUACCGUUGAGAACACCGAGGCAGCAAUUGCCAUAGGUUCUCAUUCGAUUGUUGAAUAUCUCAAUGAAGUUGGAGCACCAUUCCCAGAAUUCCCAAUGGAUAAAGCGUUUGAUCUGCCAAUGCUCACUUUCCUCCAUCGAAAUCGAACGGAAUCACUCACGAUUCAUGCGAUGGACAAUGCAAUCAAUCGAGGUGACAUUCAAAUGAUUAAAUAUCUCAAAGAAAACAACUUUGUUAUUCAAAAAAGCCAUACAGAUUCAUAUAGAGUUGAUUGGAAUAGCCUUUGUAGUGGAUACAAUUCAAGACUUGCAAUAAUCAACAGUUUGCAAAUAUAA